AACACCACACCUGGAGAGUGGUGAAGGGGAGCACUGACUACUGCAGUGGCCUGCGGACGGAACACGCUGGGCGACAUCACGUGGACAAAACCUCCCCUGGUUGUUUUCCCAAAGAUGCUGCUGAAGUAGUCAUUUUGAUUGCUUUCUUUCAAACUUCUUCACAUAACAUGGGUUGCAUCAAAUCAAAGCAAACUUUCCCAUUUCCUACCACAUUUGAGAUUGAGAAGCGGCAUGAGAGUGAAGAAAGCUUCAUGCCAGAAGAGAGAUUGCUACCCAGGAUGCCUUCUCCAGCUAACGUCAAAGAGGAAGUGAAGGAACCCCCGGGGACCAAUGUGGUGAUCUUUGAAUACGCACAUCGCCUGUCCCAGGAAAUCUUGCAUGAUGCCUUGCAGCAGUGGGCAAGAAAUAACAUCAAGUACUACGACAUCCCCUACAUCGAGAGUGAGUGCCCUUGACGCUGCUGGAGGGCGACACUGAGUGGAUGCAGUCGGUGCUAGUUUAAAUACAUGAAACAAAAGUAAAACUUGGUGUAAGUACAAAUAAUUCCACCUGGCUAUGCAAACACAUAUGUCACCAUUUAAGGAAUAUGUAAGAUGAAACGUAUUUUAAACAGUUGUGUGUUAACAGCAAUGUUCAUCUGCCUGGUCUUGGAGUUUGGUCAUUUAAGGGGCUGAACAGAGUUCCCAUGGGAUUCAGUAAUUAUCUGCCUCACUCUUCCUGAGGCAGUUAUGGCAUAACCAAAGAAAAUGCUAAAGAUUAAAAAAGCCCACAUCCCAAGUGGUUUUUUAAAGGCACUCCACUUUAAAAUAACUUUCUAUUAACUUAUACCCAUUAAAAAAAAAGAUAUGCCUUUUUCUCAAAUAUGCCUUGGCAUGGGAAUGGCACUCAAGCCUUGAUGAACAGUGGGGCCUGUGUCGAGGGCCCCCACUGACACAGAUGACCUGGCAUUAGGAAGCAACCAAUGUAGAAGGGGUCCACCUCAAACUCUGUCCUUAAGAUGUUAUUUUUGUAGAUGGAAAGCUUAACUACCACCUCGAACCUCAGGGCCCUAACUAACUACAUUUAUUAUUGGAUGUCUUGGCCUUUGCCUAUAAAGCCAUCUCAAAAAGACAGAAUUUACAGAAGCCAUGAUAUUACUGUUUAUUGCUUUGAAUUAAGCAGCCCAGGGAUAUAACUAUAUGAAAUAUAUAUGGGUAACUUUUGUCUAGUCAACCUUAAACAUAAAAAGUCUAAGCUGCAAGGCAGAAAGCAGAACCUGGUUCAGUGCUAACUGUGUAUACAGCUUUACUGUGUCAAAUGCAAUGUUCAUGUAUGGGCACUUGUUCCCAGUUUUUUAAAUGAGUGGUGGGCAGUCACCAUUCACAUUACUGUGGUACCAAAUAAUGAAUAAGGAUUUAUAUCACAAAACGGAAAAGACAGAACAAUCCUCUAAGGAGUGUACUUGUGUUUGUGGAUAUGUGUGUGUUUUAAAGAUGUAACAUAUGCCAUGGGAUAUUUUUAGCCAUACACUAUAUAGUAUUUUCAUAAGUUUGGCUGCCUUUGUAGGAUGUUAGCUAUUCUUAAAUUUUUUCAUUUUUUUUUCUGUGUCAUAGCAUGCUUAUAUACACACACCUUUUUUUAAGGAUUAUAUACUAUUUGGAGAUCAAGGCUAACAAAAUUCAGAAGAAGAGACUAGGAAAAUUAGUACUGAGUCUAAUUCAGAAUCAAGAUUUCCUAUACAUUGAGUUUAAUUGGAAAGAAAAUUAUUUAAUAAGCCCAUAUGUGCAAUUUCCUUUUUUGAAGACAGAAUACAGCAGUGUCACUGAAAUAUAAAGCAAGGUAGAAAAAGGCCUAUGGUCUCUUUAAUGUGAUGAAGCUAUAUUCGGCCUUGUAAGCAGGCAGAAAAGCUACCUCUGAUUUUAAUAGUUUGCUAAUGUCAUUUGGAGAAUUUGAGUUUCAAAGAAAAAAGUAUUAAACGAGUGAUGUGCCCCUUCAGUUGCUUUUGGACACUUGUCCUAGGAUUUGCACUGCUCCACUAUAUACUUGUAGUCUAGCAACUUAUGCAGUAGAAAAAGACCCACUCCUGUUUAUACAAGGAUAUGAAAGCAUAAAGCUUCUCAUGAGUACAAAACGUACUUCAAGCUUAUGAGAAGUUUGGGGUUUUCUCAUAAAAAGCCUAAACGUUUUUCAUUCAUUUUACAUCUAAUAUAAAGAUAUUACCAGCAAGGUAGUUAAGUAUAUAAAAGACAAUGGUGAGAACAAGCCAUUAUAAAGCAGAAUGUCACUAAAUUUAAAAUUUAGGGGCAUAGAUGUGUUUGUGUUAUAUCUAAGUAUUUGAACUUGAGGUUUCCUCUUUCCCAGGGGAGUAAUAGGGAGCCCUGUCUGAUCCACAUCUAGCUUAGAAGUCUCUUUUUCUCUCUGCAAAUAUGAUGGCUUAGUUUGUCACCAUGCAGUACUCCAUUGACCCCGAGUCAUAUUUUAAGUGUAUGGUAUCUUGGGUACAGUAUCUUCCAAGAGACUUAUCUUUGAAAUAUAUGCUAUAGUCCAUGUACACACAUGAACAAAGAACUAUAAGGCUUGUAUAA